GCAUUUCCAUAGUGCUUCUUGCCCGUAGUUGAAGCCUGUUCUCUCCGUUUACAGUCUUUACCUUUAUUUUCAGCUUUGCCUAUCGUCGUCCACUUAGCUGCUUGAGACCGUCUCAUCAUGACGAAGGGUACGUCAAGCUUCGGAAAGAGGCAUAACAAGACCCACACGUUGUGCAGACGUUGUGGCCGUUCCUCGUAUCACAUCCAAAAAUCAAGAUGUGCGCAAUGCGGCUACCCUGCCAAGCGCCUUCGCCACUACAACUGGUCCGUUAAGGCUAAGAGGAGGAAGACUACUGGUACCGGCCGUAUGCGUCAUCUUAAGAUCGUCCGGAUCAAGUUCCGCAAUGGAUUCCGUGAAGGACCCAGGAAGAUUGCCUACCAAGCCCGCACUGGAGGCAAACCCACUGUUGGAGCUAGCAAGACUUCUGCGCCUGCCAAAUAAGUUUAUUUGUGUUGGUAAUAAGAAAGGCUACUCAAUACAAUGGGAUCCCA